GAGAGUUGGUGAUAAUAAUUCCUCUACAGUUAAUUUCGACGGAUUCGGUCCCAAAAACCAUCGAUCUAGUCAUGGCCACACAACUAGGCUUAAGGAGAUUUUCAAUUUGUCCACUAUCAUCAGGAUGGUGCCGCCCACAGCAUAUGAACCGACAAUGUCGCCGUAUCAGCCCAUUAACGCAACAGCUCCGUCUCCAGUCCACUUCUGAUUCUCUUCCGCGCCUUGCUCAGGCUUCGGUAUGGUCGAUGAUUAUUCCCAAGUUUAUUCGAAAUCGAUGGUCCGCACGCAAAUCCCCUGGUGUUGCAAAAAAGAACAAGGAAUGGAACCCCGCCAGUUUCUACAUCGUCAUCUUCAUUUUGAUCGGCUCGCAGGCCAUUCGGAUGAUCGGGUUGAAGAACGAUUACGCCGGGUACACGCGCAGUACGGAUGCGAAGAUCCGGCUUCUCAAAGAAGUCAUCGAGAAGAUCCAGCGGGGGGAGAAGGUGGACGUGGAGAAAAUGCUAGGAACGGGCGAUGAAGCAAAGGAAAGAGAAUGGGGAGAAGUGCUGCGAGAGAUUGAGGAAGAAGAUUCGUUAUGGCACCAGAAAGCCUCCCAAGCCGACCACAAAGACCAACCUCCUUCCCCGGCACCCACAGAAUCGCCAGAUACCUCCAAGUCAAGUACAGUCGAUGAUGAACCCCCAAAAGCCAAGCGCCCACUGAGAAAGGCCGGCUUCUUUUGAUACCUCAAGCCACGCCUCAAUGCAGAACGCUCCUUCGAGUCAAAUCUCAUCUUAAAGAUCUUUCUUUACAUGAAACGUUCGUUGUAUAACAAAGAAUCAACCCAAGCCUCAAGCUUUCAAUUUCUGAAUCAGCAUACUAUACGGCAGAAGAUCUCUUAUCUGCAGGCUCACCCGUUUCAGCCAUAUUUCUGUUAUCUCACCACGUGCAUAUAACUAUCUAUACAGUCCUACAUAGCUACUCCAUACUUGAUACCCGUAUAUCCAAUUCCACAGAUUUUGCAUACUAUUGUCAUCGAUCCAAGCAAUACUAGGUAGUGUCCAGGUCAUUUUAGGGGUCGGUCUGUAUGAAAUAUUAAUUUAUAUCUAAUCCAACGACUAUCCAUCCAUAUCUUCACCCAUCUUUUUUGGAGAAUAUAUUUUG